CUUCAGGUAGUUAGUAAAGUCGGACUUGAAGUGAGAACAGUUGGUUUUCUGUUUUUCAUCGCUUUGGUGUUAUCACUGUUUCAUUUCCAAGUUUUUGUCUGGUUAUAUAUUAUAAACGCGUGAUCACAUUGUUCAUAUCGACGUAUAGUCGUAAUCUUAGUCAAUAGUUCGAUUUGAAUGUAUCACAAAUUUGGGUAAUCAGCUUUCAGACAUGGACAAUAACUUUAGGGCAACUUGCUUAUAGUAAAAGCUAAUAACAGUAUACUAUAUAUAUAGUUUUUACUAGGUGAACUUAUACAACAAACCAGUGUGCAUGUGCUAGCAAAGAUGCUAUUACCGCUGUUGUAACAUAUCAAUACAGUUAACCUGGUCAUUUCUCGCUUGUCUUGUUUCAGCAGUUCAGUUCAGGUACAGGAACAAAAGCAAAAUGUUUUUGAGUGAGUACGUGAGUCGAGUAUCAGAAAUCACCUCAGUCGGGAUAUAGGUGUUGUUUGUGUGAAGAUAAAAACUACACAAUACUAAGCAAAGAUUAUAAGACAUGCAUAAAAGAUGCAACAGCAAGUUUCUCAUCAAUGCUGAAAAUGCUUAAAUAUUUAUGACCCACAGUCUUCUUUUCCGUACUAAAAUAUAGUUUUUGACUAAUUCUAUAAAACGUAUCGCAAUCUAUCUUCUAUGAGAAUAUAUUGAUCUUGCAGAUGAGAAAAUAACGAAAUGUAAUGCAAAUAUUAUGGCAAAAUGAAAUUAAUGAAUAUAUAUUUAAUAUCCGAAGACAUGAUUAUGGUAUUAUUUUGGACAGCUCAAUCAGGUAUUAUUUAAUCAAGCAUAGAUAAAUGAUAAAGGUGAAGGCCUAUAGCUAAAUAACUUACGUUGAGAAAUAAUAGAAUUUUUUAAACCAAUCUUAUAUUAUAUUAUUAUAUUUAGUGUAAGUGAUUGCUAAGUAGGCUAUUUAAACGCGUUGAAGUUCAACGUUUUAAGUCAGUCAGGAUAAGGUGUAAUUUUCUCGAAAAUGGUCAUUGAUUAAUUUUAAAAUUACCAAACCGAAGACACCAAAUUAUGAUAGGCGAUAAUCAUAAUCUUAGUACGUUUCUAAAAGCUUGCAGACGUUGUCUGAUAUAUUACUGCUGAACGAAUCAAAGUCUGAUUUAAUGUGUAAUAAAUGUUAGUUAAUCUGUUCUUUCAUAUAGAUUUUUGAUGUCAUAUAUCAUUAUAUGAUGUAGUGAUAACGGGUAUUGUUAGUUGUAAAAUAUAAAGCUUGCCUCACUUUAAAAUUACAAAUCACUUCUAAGUCAGUGUAAGAUUUUCACAAUUCCAAACAAGAAAGCAAAAAGGACUGGAUUAUGUCGUUGUAUGAAAACGCAUCAAUAGAUGAGGAAGUUUCAACUGGUGGCGAUAUUGACCAAGGCGGGCGUAAUCCGUACGAAAAACCCUUGCCAGACCCACCAUCUAACGAAUCACUUGACAAGACAGAAGGUAUAUAUUUUGUACCAGAUGCUAUCUACGCAAGACCACACCAAUCUGGCAAUGGAUGUCAUAUUUGUCAAACAGUCACUGAAAAAAGAGAAGACAAUUUCAUAAAAACAAUAUGGAGAAGAAAAACGAAUAUUAUAAUGAUCACGUUGACAGUGUUAGUGAUACUGGCAUUAGCAAUUGCAAUUUCAAGUCUUGCAAUGUAUACACAAAAUACAGUAGUUGCUGAAUCACGAGAAACAGAUUCAAAUAAUAAAACAACGUUGGAAAUGCUCACGAAUUUGGAGAAGCGAAUGAAAAUCAUUGAAAGUGAAAGGGAAAAUCAGUUUCGAAAGACUUUAGAAAUGUAUAAUUGGUACAAAGCAGAAAAUGGAUAUUGGUAUAAAGUGUUUCAAAAUAAAGUAGAAUACACCAAUGCUCGCAAAAACUGUGAAGUUCUUGGAAGUAGACUGGCGUCCGUUGGCAUAAGGUCGCAAAAAAUUAAAAGAGAUCUCACUCAAAAUCUGCUUGAUUCAACCUCCCAACAAACUUGGAUUGGACUGGAUAACAUUCAGCAGAACGGUAGUUGGACUUGGUCUGACCAAGUAUUGUCGACUUUGAACAACACGCAAUGGAGGUCCGGGUAUCCCGAUAACGAAAAUAAAAACCGAAAAUGUGGAUAUUUGUUUUAUGGAAGAAAUUGGUCGAUUACCGGGAGAGACUGCGGAAGAUUGUUUUAUUAUCUUUGUGAAACUUUACAACCUUUGUAAGGGAUAUCCAGUGUAUCCACAUAUCUAGUCUAAUGUAGAAAUGGUUUAUUGCAUCACUGUUAUUAUUGAUAAAUAAAGAAAAAACGCGCU